CCCAGCUGGAAACCACAGUGGCAGAGAGGAGAGAAGGGGAGAGGGGAGGGGAGGCUAGGACAGGAGAGCACACCGACAUGGGGCCUUGGAGCCGAGUCAGGAUCGCCAAAUGCCAGAUGCUGCUCACCGGCUUCUUUGUCUUGCUGCUGGGCCUGUCUGUGGCCACCAUGGCUGUUCAUACCUACUUCGGGGCCCACUUUACUGCCGUCAGCCGUGCGUCCUUGGAGAGGAACCCCUACAAGGCCAUGCACCACUGGGCCUUCUCUGUGGGGGUCAGCCUGGCAGGGCUCCUGACCCUGGGGGCCGUGCUCUGUGCCGCAGCCACCGUGAGGGAGGCCGCAGGCCUCAUGGCUGGGGGUUUCCUGUGCUUCGCACUGGUGUUCUGCGCCCUGCUGCAGGUGGUCUUCUGGAGAUUCUACAACCCCACCCAGGUGGAAGACGCCGUGCUGGACACCUAUGACCUGGUGUACGAGCAGGCAGUUCGGAGCCCGUCCAGUGUCUGGCGGCAGGAGCUGGCGGCCAUCCAGGACACGUUCCAAUGCUGUGGGAAGUGGUCUCCUUUCGGCCUGCUGGGGGAUGCGGAAGCAGGGCUGUGUCCAGGGGAGCUGGCCAGGAGAGAGGACUGCCUGCAGGGCGUCAGGAGCUUCCUGAAGACACACCUCAGCAUUGUCACCGCCCUGGUUGGCCUCGGGCUCGCCUUCACGGUNGGUCCCGGCCACAUGUUCCCCUCUGCUUCUCAGAGCCCGUGGCAGGCGGCCCCAGGAGCCCAGCCUCUCCAGAUACUCCCAGCGCGACCCCGCACUCCAGCACCCCUAUGAAAUGCAGGCUCUUGAUGAUCAUCUGGGUGGAAGAGGACUUGCGGAUGGUCCUGGGCUGUGCCAACACAGCAGAGCGUCUGCCUCAAGACCUGUCCUGCCACCCGUCUGCCCACAGAUGUGCAGGUGCUCCCGGCCAGCAGCCCUUCGUGACGCUUAGGGAGAGGCUUACAAGCCAUUUUCCUCCACAUCUGGGGUGGCGUGGGGAAGGCAGAAGACCCGGCUACAUAAGAUAAAUGGAAAGAUAAGGGGUCAUUCACAGAAUCCGCAGAAAUGGCUGGGAAAUGAGAAAGAAUAAAGGAAGCCAGUCUGCAGGGAAUAGCACGUGUCAAACCGCUGGAAACGCUGGCUAAGAAGCCGCCUCCAAGUCCACACGUCUCGGGGACACCCGCUGCGCUCGCUGUCUUUGCUGGGUGGCAAAUUACCCCAAAUCGAGCAGCUGGAAACAGCAUCCACAGCUCUGUAGGUCAGAGGUCAGGUGUGACUGGGUUUUCUGGGCAGGGUCUCCCAAGUCCUAGAUCAAAGGGUUGGCCUCACGGGGCUCUCUCCGGAGGCUCAGGGCAAGAACCCACUUCCAGGCGCAUUAGGUGGUUGGUGGGACUCAGCUGCUUCUUGUCUCAGGUAGCUAGCGCUCCUGUAACAGAAAUGUCACAACCACAUUUAUCUUCUCCCAGUUCGGGAGGCCAGCGUGUGGCCUUUUUUGUCUCUUGCAGCUUCUGCGACCAGCAACGCUCCUCGGAGGUCCUGGCCUUGUAGAUGCUUCGACCUCCUUUGUCCUCCGACGUCUUCCUUCCGUGUCAGCUAGCUUGUCUCUGCUGUUCUUAUACAGCAGAACCGGCACAAGCCGGAACCUGUGGAAGGCAGAAACCUGUCAGAGAAGGACCAGUCAAACAUUCCCCACUAAAACAAGCGAUAGAAAAGUCAUAAAAGAGUGCACCCUGUCAAAGGCAGAAAAUGUGCAAGACCCGGAAAAACAAC